UCGAAAGAUUUCGAAAACAUCAAAGUAUAAUGGCUGAUACUGUUGCUCCUGCUGCUCCGGUUGCUGCUUCACCGGCCAAGGCACCCAAGAAGGCCAAGGCACCCAAGGGAGACGCCAAGAAACCCAAGAAGCCAUCGACUCACCCUCCAGUUAACGACAUGGUUUUGGCCGCUAUCAAGACCCUCAAGGAACGUAACGGAUCCUCGCUGCAGGCCAUCAAGAAGUACAUCGCCGCCAAUUACAAAUGCGAUGUUGCCAAGUUGGCUCCGUUCCUAAAGAAGGCCCUGAAAUCAGGCGUCGAGAAGGGAAAGCUUGUCCAAACUAAGGGAACUGGUGCUUCCGGUUCAUUCAAGGUUAAGGCCGAUGCAAAGAAACCAGCUGGUGAGAAGAAGGCCAAAAUACCCAAGAAGGAAACCAAAGCCAAGAAACCCGCUGGAGAGAAGAAGAAGGUAGCCAAAAAACCAAAGGCUGCCGCCGCCAAAAAAACUGGUGAGAAAAAAGCUAAGGCAGCUCCUGCUAAAGCUGCCAAGAAGGCUGCUGGAGUGAAAAAGGCCGCUGCUCCCAAACAGAAAGCCACAAAGCCAUCGAAAACCGCAGUCAAGAAGCCGAAAACACCGAAGCCAAAGAAGGCUGCUGCUCCGGCCAAAAAAGCUGCCCCGAAAAAGGCCGCUGCCAAGAAGUAAACACCGAAUUGAACUACUAGAAUGCAAAACAAUCAGUCCUUUUUAGGACUACCAAAAAUGUACAUGAGGAAGUUAAUUUGAUUUUACUGCUUAAUUGUCCAGUGUUGGGUACUCUAGAAUACUCAUACGAUUUCUGGGAUGGAAUUCUACAGCUUA